UUUUUUUUGUUAAUGCUUUUCAUUUUUGGCAGCACCGCUUGGCCUACGCUACAUGACUACAUCCAAGUGUGGUAGCACGGGUGAAGUGUCUCAACAGUGCUCCCUUGUGUCUCAACUGCUCAACAUGCCUCACAAAACUCCCAAGAACAACCAUUUUAUUUAGUUUUCCUCCCAUAUAGCAAACACUACUAAUGCUCUCAGAUGGCGAGUGGCUGAUUAAUGUAAUCCAGACUGAAGGGCCAGGGGAGGCGAGGGAUGAUGCUCUUAAAAGCCAGGUCAUGUGACUCGGUGUGCAUGUUUAUGGUGGAGCUUCUUUACCGGUGUCCAUUUUGGCUCCUUACACCAUGUCGAUCCGGCGUCACACGGCGAGACAGGCCUGGACCCAUGACAGUCACCUGGGGGAGGAAAGUCAUGUGUCAUCCCGACAAGUGUCCACUAAGAAGCCGAAGAAGAAGAAGAAGGAGGAGGCCAACAGCACAAGCGAGGCCAAGCUGAACGGCAGCGAGACCAAGAUCAAAAAAAUCAAGAAAAAAAAGAAUGAGGAGGCUUCUGAGGCUUCUGAGGAGAAUCGCGUCUUGCAAAAUGACAAAAAGGUGAAGAAGAAAAAGCUGGACAAGAAUAAAGAACCGGAAAAAGACAAAGAGACAAAAAAGAAAGCCAAAAGUGCCCCAAAGAAGAAGAAAGGAUCAGUCACAGACGACGACGACGACGAGGAAGAGGAGGAGGAAGACACCCCAAAAAAGAAAACCAAGAAGAAAACAGCCAAAGACAGCUCACCGUCCCCAAGUGCCACCAAAGAAAAAAAAUCCAAAUCAAAAGACAAGGAUUGCGAUGGCAAGGAGAAGAAGCCAAAGUCAAAAGAGAAGGACAAAAAGAAGGAACCAGCAUCCCUGUUCCAGAUAAACAACGACAAAGACUCCAAGAGCAAAAAGAAAGCAGCCGCCAAAUCGGAAAGUGACGACAGCGAGGAGGAGAUCAAGUCGACAAAGUCCAAAAAGAAGUCUGCUGCCGGCUCUACGUCAUCUUUGUUCCAAACCUCAGAGAAAGAAAAGAAGACGAAGAAGAAAGGCAAGCUUGCCUCUGGCUUAGGUACUUCACCUUUUCAAACACUGGAACUCAUUCAAAAAUGUGCUGAUUUGGUUUCAGCAAAGGCACAAGAGAGUGAUGAUUCCGAGUCUGAAAAAGAAGAAAAGUCCAAAAAGAAGAAGGCCAAAGGCAAGAAGAAGAAGGAGAGAGCGCCAUCACCUGAGAUUGAGUUUGACAACUUGGAAACGUUUGUGAUGGAUCCGGCGCCUCAAGGCGUGACCGUCAAAUGCAGAGUGACUCGAGACCAGCGGGGGAUGGAUAAGAGCAUGUACCCUCUCUACUACCUUCAUCUUGACAAUGACAAGAAGACGUUUCUGUUGGCUGGCAGGAAGAGAAAGAAAAGCGCAACCUCCAAUUAUCUCAUCUCCAUUGACGCCACCGAUUUGUCAAGAGGUGGUGAUAACUUCAUAGGAAAGCUGAGGUCAAAUUUAAUGGGUACCAAGUUUACUGUCUUUGACAAUGCUUUGAAUCCAGAAAGAGCCCUUCCGGACUUGUCUAACGCACGACAGGAGUUAGCGGCCAUCAUCUACGAGACAAAUGUUUUGGGGAUGAAAGGGCCCAGAAGGAUGUCGGUCAUCAUUCCAGGCAUGGACAAAGACAAUGAGCGGGUGCCUCUCCGACCCAGAAACGACUAUGACGGCCUGUUGAUACGACACCAGAAUAGAAGGAUGGAGAAUUUGAUUCAGCUUCACAAUAAGACGCCUGUGUGGAACGAGGAGUCGGCAUCACAUGUGCUCAACUUCAACGGCAGGGUCACUCAGGCUUCCAUCAAAAACUUCCAGAUUGUCCACAGCAAAGAUUUGGACUACAUUGUGAUGCAGUUUGGCCGAAUAGCCGACGACAUUUUCACACUGGACUACAAGUACCCCAUGUGCGCAGUGCAGGCCUUUGCCAUUGCGCUAUCGAGCUUCGAUGGGAAAAUCGCCUGUGAAUGAGUUCCCUCAGAGGGUUCCGUGCGAUUUCAAACCAAGCCAGGCCUUUGGAUACACUGUCAAAAUGGAUGCCCCCCAAAAACUGAUAAUAAAAAAAUCAACUGGAAUAUGUCGAAUAGUACAAAUAUUCCCAUCCCGUAAAAAUCUAAAUUUGAAGCUACAGUGUAUAUAAAAAGUCGACACACCCCUGUUCUAAUGCCAGGAUAAUCCUACUAAAAGAUUAGAAUUUAAUUGGAGGUGAAGAAAAGGCACUUCAAAAGUUGGUAGGUGACAUCCCAUUGACAAGAGGGUGUGCACACUUGUGCAACCACAUUAUCCGAGAUACUUUUUCCUUUUCCUUUUGAAACUAACCAAGUACGUAGAUAUCCAAACUGUAAUCAAGGUUUGUUUAUAUUUCUUUCGAUUGUUUUUCUUUGACUUCCUUCCUUCUUUGGGUAUAGAUGUUGGCGUCUGACUGAACAAAGUAUUUUCUGGCAUUUCGAAGUAUUCGAUGACAGUCUUUCCCAAAUGGUGAGACAAGGCGCUUAUUUUAUAUUGGAAAACUCUCACACCAUACCUCCAAACAGCUUAAACUAACGACAAUCUCAUCUCCAUUUAUACUCAAAAAUAGACUCUGUGUGAAAUCUGUUUCUGUCACUAUACAUCGCUAGUAUAGAAGAUGAAAGAAACACUUUUUGUAAGAAUCAACUUUGUUCCUUUUAAAUGAAAUUGGCACAGUGAUUUGGAAUCACCACUCCAUGAAAAUGUUAUGUAAUAAAGUAUGACAAAUCAAUAUUCUCCACUUGCGUCA